AUGUUAUUGAUAAACUACUUAGUCUCUCCUCUUCAACGUUAUGAUGAGCUCACUGCUACAAGCACUGUUCGAAUGGAUCUUGACCAAAGAGCCGUCAUCGAAAAAUUAGACCAUUUGUGGUACGACUUGAAACACUAUGUACCAAAACCACAUACAGCAGAAAGAAAAUCAGGCUUAUGGAGUAGAUUAUUCGGCGCCAAAAGUAUGGGUGAGCAUCAUUAUGCUCAGCUCGAUGCCAAUAUUCCUAAAUCACUCUAUGUAUACGGUGAUGUCGGUACCGGUAAAACAAUGGUCAUGGAUCUCUUCUUUGAUACGUUGCCCAUCGCUCGUAAACGCCGUGUGCAUUUCCAUGCAUUCAUGCUCGAUGUUCAUCGACGCAUUCACCAGAUAAAAACGCAAUACCCAGGUCUCGCCAAUCCUAUCGCACCUAUUGCUGAAGAUCUUGUGAGAGAUGCUUAUGUACUCUGUUUUGACGAAUUCCAAGUAACGGAUAUAGCCGAUGCCAUGAUUCUACGUAAUUUGUUCGUUGAACUCUUCCACCGUGGAGUUGUGUUGGUCACUACCUCUAACAGGCAUCCUACUGAAUUAUAUAAAAAUGGCAUUCAACGUGCUUCCUUCUUACCCUGCAUUGAUCUCUUGAUGAACCGUUGUGAUGUGCUAUGCUUAGACUCCGGUACUGAUUAUCGAAAAAUGCAACGGGCCCAAUCGCAUGUUUAUUUCUAUCCUCUGAACGGAGAAACAGAGAAACAGGUCGAUAACAUCACCAAUAUACUGACCCAUGGUAAAAAGAUGGAGCCGAAGCAUCUUCACUUCUUAUCACGUACCCUGACGAUUCCUCAGCAAGUGGACGGUGUGGCUAAAAUGCGCUUUGCAGAUGUCUGCGCCCAACCUUUAAGCGCGGCUGACUAUCUUGAAAUUGUAAAGAAUUUCCAUACGGUCAUAUUGACUGAUAUUCCUCGGAUGACAAUGAAGCAUAGAGCAGAGGCUCGUCGCUUUAUCACUUUUAUUGACGCCAUGUACGAAUCUCAUGUUACUUUGGUGGCGAGUGGAGAUAGCAACAUUAUGGAGAUAUUUAAUGCGGAAGAAGGCAAAGAACAUUUAGAGAAUGAAAUGAGUGCUAUGCGUGAUGCCUUGAACGUUUCCGACGUCUCCUCUCCUUUGUUUAAUGGGCAAGAAGAAGCAUUUGCCUUCCAAAGAGCGUUGUCUAGACUGAUUCAAAUGCAAAGCAAAGAUUGGGUCUGUUCAGAAUUGAAGAACCAGUAA